AUGUUUGCGGCGGAUGGAUCCAUGCUGCGUUGCUCUGCUAAAAGUGCACUUAUGGCCAUAUUAGAGAAGCUCCCAUCCAGAUCAGCCGAUCAGAGAAGCAUUAGUGACGGCACAACAACAAAUGCAGCUCAGUCGCAUUUGAAAGUGAUCAUCAUUGAUGGUAUGGCAGAGCUCCAGUGCCUAGACAAGCCGGAAUGGGUGAAGAACUGCGAGCAGCUUGCUAUUCACUUCGUCGACACAAUCGAACAGAAGUAUGGCAGGAAGGAUGAAGUUCGCCUGAUUUUUGAUCGGUAUGACUUACCCAUGUCGUUAAAAGAAGCCACCAGAGAGAAAGGGCAAGGAGGACAGGAUCCCAUCUAUUAUCGAAUCACAGAUUCCACCAACAUCUCAAGAGUUUCGAUGAAGAAGCUUCUGUCGCAUACGAAGACGAAGAUGGAACUCACCACCUACCUCGCAGACAAAGCAUUCAGGCACUUCAGGGGACAGAGUGGUCGGCGAUUUCUUGUUGCAUGGGGCAGUGAAUGUAAGGCGACCUUCAAAGAUGUUGGACAUCUUCAGAGCAACCAAGAAGAAGCGGACACAAAGAUCAUCCUUCAUGCCGUUGAUGCCACAUCGGAUGGUGCAAUGGAGAUCCAUGUCCACUUCCCUGACACUGAUGUCUUUGUUCUUGCUUUAAGACGGUUUCCAGAGCUGUGUAGCAAUGUUUCAUUCGUUACAGGAAAGGGGCGCAACCGCAGAGAAAUUAGGCUAGAACCAAUAGUUCAGGCUCUCGGGGAAGCCAGGACAGCUGCUCUUCCCACGUUCCAUGCACUCAGUGGAGCAGAUAACUCCGGAUGCUUUUCAGGCCAUGGAAAACCUUUGUGUUGGAAAGCAUUUCUGAAUGUUGAUGAAGAUGUUGUCAGAGAGAUGGCCAAGCUGGGAACAACAUUAACACCAUCUGAAGAAAUCAUAAAGGCCAUUGAGAAGUUUGUUUGCGAACUCUAUGUUCCAAAUACAUCGCUUACCACCGUGAAAGAACUUCGAUGGUUGUUAUUUCGUAAGAAGCAAGCACAGUCAGAAAGACUGCCACCAACCCGAGGUGCUCUUCUUCAAGCUGUUCUACGAGCCCACUAUCAAGCUAUUGUUUGGGAUAACGAUGUUGUGGCAAACCCUGACAUUCCGUCUCCUGAAAGCUAUGGGUGGGAGAAAAGUGACAACAGAUGGUUUCCAGUAAUGACAAGGCUGCUGCCAGCACCAGAGGCCAUAAUUCAGCUAGUCAAAUGCGGAUGCACCAAGCAGUGCGCAAGCAACCGAUGCCAGUGCCGCAGAAAUGGAUUGCCAUGCACAGACCUUUGCUCUUGCUGUGAUGAAGAGGAUGAACCCUGCCAGAAUGUUUUCAGUGAUGUGGUAGAUGACGAUGAAGAAUGUGAUGACGAAUAG